AACAUGGGGAUUCGAUGACCUUGAAGGCUUCAAAUUUUUCCAAUUUCACCAUAGAUAUCUCUCUAUUAGGAUGAUUUGCGCAUGAUGAAUUAAUAGAAUUUGGUCUUAGUCCAUCUUAGGUUGCUUCAAUUUCGCGUCAGCCCUUAUUCUGUCUGCAAUGGACAGGGAUACGAUGCUUGAGAAUUUUCUGGCGUGUACUGGAUUAACAGAUAUCACGUAUGCAAUAUCAAUACUGGAAGACCAUAACUGGGACUUAACGGCCGCUGUUUCCAGCAUUAUUAGUGACGUGUUGCCAGCAGGAUCAUCAGUUGUCCAAGAAGAUCAAUCUGUUCCAUAUUCCACAGUUUUUCCUAUGACUCCGCUUGGUGGACCCAUUCUGUCAUCUGAAUCCUCAAUGAAUCAUAACUUAGGGACUCAGACCGUUUCCGUAUCAACUAUGUGUGAUAUCGAUACUGAUAUUUCAGGGUGCGAUAUAUCUCCAGCGAUUUCUCGAUCCGUUAUUGAACUGGACAGUGAUCAAGCUACUAUUAAUUCCAAUAGAGCAGUUCGUAUCCUGAAUUUUGAAAUAGAUUUGGAAUUACCUAUAGAUGAUGAUACAGAUCAUGAACAAAAAGUUGUAAAAGAAAGUUUUCCUUUUCCUGAUACGGAGACAGUUGGAUUUUUGAAACAACAUUUUAUUGACUGUCGGUUGACUGAGCUCAUACAGUUAGCGACUAGUCCAGAAUUAGAAUCGAAAAUAACAGAGUGUAGCAAAGCCAACCUUUUAAAGCAUCUUGUUUUGGAGAGUUCUGGAUCUCAUUCUUUUUCUGACAACUCAACGCUCCUUCGUGCAUUACAUCUACCGAAAUGUAUUAAACUUCGAGCUAAACUCAAUCCGGAUCCAUUACCUUACUCUAAUUAUUCAAAUCAACAAAAUGGAAAAGUUGUAUUACAUAUUAGUGUAUAUAAAACAAGUGAUAAUGAAAUACUGGCGCAAACAACAACUACUACUGAUAAUAGUAGUAGUAGUUGUUGUGAUGAUGAUGAUGAUAAUUAUAACACUAAAGAUAUGAAUCUAUCUGAAAGUAAUCAACUAAAUACUGAUAAAUCAUAUUCACCUUACGCUUAUCAUUAUUUACGUUUACCAUGUGAUUCAUAUAUAUCAAAAAUACAUAAUGAUUUACAUCGUAUUACUGGUAUACCAAUAACAAAUCAAUUAUGGUCUAUUAAAUCAAAACAUAAUCGUAAUGAUAAUAAUAAGAAGAGUAAUCUAUUAUUUAGUGAACAAAUACCAUCGAAUGAAGUGUUGAAUUCAUUAGUCAAUGAAUUGAAUCGGCAUAAUCCUCAACAGUUAAAUAAACAAUCCAUUUUGUCAAAACAUUCAAAUGUUUCUUCUACUAUCAACACUGAUGAUGAUAAUGUUGCUGAACAAAAAUCUAGUCAUGACAAUGUAACAUUAGCUGAUUGUGGUUUGAAAUCCGGUGAUGUUUGUGAUUUAUGCUUGACUGCUUCAAAUCCAUUAAAUCAUCAUAAAAAUCCAAGUAAAGCUCAAUUAUCUCACAAUGCUGUUGAUACCCAUUCCGAAUCAUUACAACAACGAGCAAAGAAAUCAUCUUCACAUUCUCUUGAUGAUAAUAUUCCUAGUGGUUCUUCCACCACCACCACCACCCCUGCUGCUACUGACGUCCUCAUCACUGAAACUUCUUCCACUAGGAAUAAGUCUAACCGUAAAAUAUCAAGUUCGAAAAAACCCAAUUAUCGUAACGUAUCUCCAGAAAUUGGAUUCGAUGAUGACUAUGAUAACUGUAAUGACGACAAUGAGGAGGAGGAGGAUGAAGAUUAUGACAUGGAUUACCAUUAUUCUAGUGAUGAGAUACUUGAUGAAACUGAUGAUAAAAAAAUCACUCCAUGGAAUCAACCAUUAAUUCCUGAUGAUCCAAGUUUCGAAGAUCCAGAAUUGGCUACACAACAAUUUUGUAUAGUAUUUUUACAACGUUAUUGUAGGGAUGGUGUGACUAUGUCGCCACCAUUUUCUACAUGUAGCCUCGAAACUGCUCUAUCUUUGUCAGUUGGUACUGGUCAAGUGUGUGAUCGUAAACCAUUAUUUAUAUAUUUACACAAUAAUGCAAGUGUAGCAUGUCAUGUCUUCUGUCAACAAGUAUUAUGCUCAUCUGGUUUACUUAGAUUUCUAACUGAUCAUGAUUUUAGUUUAUGGCCAUGGGAUAUAACACAUACACGAACUAGAGAACGCUUAAUUGGUUGGCUUGAAGUGAAACUACCAAAUUUAUCAAGAAUAAUUACAUCAUUAACUGUAGAUAGUUAUCCUAUUCUAGCAAUGAUUGUCAAAUUAUCGAGUCAAUUAGAAGUGUUAUGUAUUGUAAUGGGUACUGGGAUUGUAAAAAUGUGGCCACCAAUUGAACAUUUUCCACCUUUGCUAAAUGUACGUCGUAGUAGUAGUAGCAGUCAUUUUACAUCAUCAUCAACAACAACUGUACAAUCAGUGAAAAAUGAUGAUAAUUCCUCGUCAGUGGGCACCAGUUGUGGUAGUUUAAAACCAGAUGUAAUUGUUGCAGAAUUAUGGCAAGCUUAUACAACAUAUUUGGAAUUGUUAGAACCGGAAUGUGCAGCUGAACGUGAGAUUAUUGCUCGACGACGUGUACUAGAAGAACAAGAAGCAGCCUAUGAAGAAUCGUUACGACGUGAUCAAGAAAAGGAAUGGGAACGUGCCAAAGCCAAAGCAGAAGAAGAUAAACGUAAACAACUUGAAGAAGAAAAACGUAUAAAUGAUGAAAUAAAAGCUACACAACAUCGAUUAUUUAUGGCUGCUAGUUUACCGCCGGAACCACCUACACCAAAAACACCAGCAGCUGAAGCAUUUUUAUCUACACCAAAUGGUGUUGACGGUAUUACAACGUUGCGUUUUCGUUUACCUCCUCAGUGUUCUAAUGAUCCGAAUGUAAAGCAUAGUACAAUGAUUCGACGUUUCGCUGGCUCAGAUAUUUUAAAACAUGUAUUUAUGUUUAUGGAAUCGAAAGGUUAUUCCAAAUCAGAUUAUAAACUCUUCACUACAUAUCCAAUCCGAGAUUUAACUUUGAUGGAUGAAAAUAUGACUUUAGCUAAUUUAGAUCUUGUUCCACAAGAAACACUUACUUUGGAAUUACGUUAAAAAAACAACAACAGGAAAUGUCAAAUAAUCGACUGCACACACACCCCUCGCCAUUUUGUUUGUUUAUUCAGAAUAUUCAUUAUAUAUAUAUAUAUAUAUAUAUAUAUAUAUAUAUAUAUAUAUAUAUAUAUAUGAUGUAUGAUGUAAUUGUAUGGUACAGUUACUGCAAACACUGUGUACUUGUUUUUGGGUUUAUUAUUCUUAUUAUUCUUAUGAUUUUGUUACACAGUCCAUUCUGUACAUUUACUUAUACAUACAUACAUACAUACAUACAUACAUACAUACAUACAUACAUACAUACAUACAUACAUACAUACAUACAUACAUACAUACAUACAUACAUACAUACAUACAUACAUACAUACAUACAUACAUACAUACAUACAUACAUACAUACAUACAUACAUACAUACAUACAUACAUACAUACAUACAUACAUACAUACAUACAUACAUACAUACAUACAUACAUACAUACAUACAUACAUACAUACAUACAUACAUACAUACAUACAUACAUACAUACAUACAUACAUACAUACAUACAUACAUACAUACAUACAUACAUACAUACAUACAUACAUACAUACAUACAUACAAAGUGUGUAAUUGAUGAAUCCGCUUUUAUUUUUCCUUUCAUAUUUAUUAAGUUUUCUUAUAUAUUUAAUAGUGUGUUUUAUUUGUCCCAUUUAUCAUUCAAAUCCCCAAUACACACACACGUUUAUACACAACCAUAAUUUCAUCAGCAUAGUUUUAUUUACCUCUUCCUUAUUUUGUCUCUUUUCUUCUUUUUCUUUUUUUCUUUCAAUCUGUUCAUUGUGAAAUUUCUAGGCCAUAGAUUGAAAUUCUUCACAUGGACCAUUAAAAAUUCAUCUACACUUUUUUCUUCUUCUUCUUCUUCUUUUUCUUCUUCCAUUCAAUGAUGUGUGUACAUUUUGAAUAACUUGGUUUUCUCUUUGUUCAUUUUGUGAUUGUCUUUGUCUCUCUCUGUGUGUGUGUGCGUUUGUUUGUUUGUUUGUGUUAAAUGUUUUUCUUUGUUAAAAUGCAUCGUUUAUUAUUCAGAUUUAUUUAUUUAUAUAAAUUGUAGAUUGUAUACUAUGGAAAUGGUUGUUUGUUUAUUCUUUUAUUCAUUUCACUAAGUAACUAUUAAAGAUCAUUUCAACUAUCUUAAUGAUUAAUUCUAUGCACAUUCAUUCGUUAAAGGGAGAAGUAUCACAUUCUGUUGUUUAGAGUAAAUAUAGAUGCAGAAAAUAAAAUUAUAUCAUUGUGUUCUUCUUCUUUUUCUUCUUCUUUAAUCUGUUUUUUUUCUUAAGUUUAUUAUUUUCCUUUUUGAAAGUUUCUUCUUAUAAGUUUCAUCAUAAUAUGAUAUGGAUGGAUUAGAUUACUUGUCUGAUACUCUCUUUUUGUUUACUAUCUACAUAUAGGAUCUAAAUGUGGUUAUUUGAUCUACACCCAGCUACUGUGAUCGGUCAGUCAUUCAACAACGUAGAACUUCGUACAUACGUACAUCAGUUCAAGUUGCCAUACCGUAUUAGCACACUAAUACAAUUGUCGAUACGAAUCCCAUAGUAAUAAGAGUAUAAGCAGUAAUCGGAAAUAUCAGGGCUUGAAGAUGUUAUUCAAGGAGUGUAAUACAGUGAAAUAAAUUUGGAAAGAGAAAAAAGGAAGGAACAUGAAGAGUUAAGAAGAUUAGAAUUUUGAAGAACACAAAGAGUGGAUGCACCUGCGCCAUUGCAAACGAAUUUAAGACAUGUCAUUCAAGGUCUCUAACCAUCGAUUGUUAUCAUCUCACGGAUCCCAACCAGCUAGUCUACAACUACCAACAUGACUCAGUCCACUUGUCAGUGAAUCCAUGGACUUGUGCCAUGUUUUGGUCUGGCCACCCCUAGCUUUCUUCCAACCUACUCCUAUACCACUGAACAUCGCACGUCGAGGCAGUCGGUCGUUGGGCAUACGUAACACGUGUCCCAGCCAUCUCAACUGAUGAAGUUUCACUUUUUCAUCAAUCGAUUUGCCAUCCUAACCUAGUACCCGUUUCCUAACAACUGCAUUACUUACUCGAUGGUCCCAUGAUAUACGAGCAAUAUUUCGAAGACACCUAUGAUAAAAUAGUAGUAACUUACGAAUAUCCUCUACUCUUACCGACCAUGUUUCACUGCCAUAAAGUAGGACGGAACGAACUGCUGCGCAGUAAACCCGUCCUUUGGUUGAUAGACGGAUAUCUCGCCUACGCCAUAAAUGACGCAAGUUGGUAAAAGCUAGUCGAGCCUUCUGUAACCGUGCUGAGAUUUCGUCACACACCAGACCACAAGGGCUGAUGAGACUACCAAGAUAAGUGAAGCGGUCGACACGCUCAACUACUUCACUCCCUAUUAUUACUUCGGGUAUCGAUGCAACCCAAUCCUGAAGUGACAUUUUUCAUUUCGAGGGGGGCGGUGAGGAAAGUGUUAUCUCUUAAAGCACGUCAAUGACAGCGACUGUGGGAGCUCAAGCGAUCCACUAUUCAAGUAUCUGAGAGAUUAGACUGCAUCUUGUUGGUGCAGUUGUGACGUAAGAAGAAAAUAUACUUGUAUGAUGUUAAGUUAGAUGCAACGUUUUAGUUUUUACGAAGUCCCUAUCUAUAUUCUUUUCGAGUCCGGGUGUAACAGUUUAUUUACCGACUGAUUACUGACUUUGACUAGUGAGAUGCUUAGGUUCACAUGAAUAACCUUGAGCACUGGCGAAAUAAUCUUGACUCUCAUUGUUCCGCUAAUCUGAGCACCUUUUUCUCUCAUCCAUAUUUAAGUUCAGAUAAGAGAACAGUGCAGCCAAACUUCUGUUUUUAUAUUCCAAGCACGUAGUAUCUUCGUUUCAAAUAGCCAUUAAUUUUUAUAUAUAAAUCAUUAGAUCCCAACACAAUCGAAAUAAGAAGUAUUUAACAUACAAUCUUACCAUGAAUGGCAAAGACUAGUGCAAACUGUACAUGAUUAGUGAACAACAAUUAAGGAAUAAUGCAACGCCAUAGUAAUAAUUAGUAAGUCUAACGAACGAAAGCUAACAAGGCUAGAAAUAUCGCAAUUCAAUAAUCUAAUGACAUAAUGAUUAUACAAUCAAAUUAUUAUUAGUAAUAGUCUGUAAAAUUAUUUCAAAAGUCAUAAUGUCCUCGGUGUUCACUCUAUCACAAUAAAAUCUUAACACACUUUUCAAUUUCACUUCAUGUUGUUUUAAUUGUAUCUUCCCAUUGUCAUUUCGGAUUGCAAUUGAUCACUCUCUUAUUGGCAUGUGUGCAUCCUGUGCGGAUUGCCUCAAUAUAUAGCCUUAAGUCACAAGCAUUUUAAGUGAAGAUGGAUAGUGGCUAGCAGUGGUAUCCAGUAUGACGCACGUUUCGUUGUAUUUUGGGCUCGUCCAUUGCAGUCCUAAAUAAUAAUGGGAAGAUUCAAGUAAAAUAAUGCCAAGUGAAUUGUAACUUCGCCCCAUUGAACAAGCAGGCGGC